AUGUUUAAAAUAAAAAUCACCAGUUACUUCAUCUUCCGUGAAAUUAUCAAGGGACCAUUGUUAGCUUUAGGUUUAUGGCCUGAUGAAAAUCCUUCAUUGUUUUAUCGUUUAUUAUCUUACAUCCAAUUACCUCUAAAUUUUGGAAUGUUUCUCGCCAUCUUUAACUUUGUACGCUUGCACGUUAAUAACAUAACGCUUUUAACCAAAAGUUUUGGUGUAAUGACUACUUAUUUAUCAACAACUCUUAAGAUAACAUGUUUAUUGAUAAAUCGUAGAGAAGCAUUGGAACUUCAUCGUACUCUAGACCCGCAUUUUAGUAAACUAGCUCAAGACGUUGAAAUGAAAAAAAUUAUUUUUAAAAAAUUUACGAUGUUAAAAUUGAUAACGUGGUUAUUUUUCUCCUGCGUUUUUAUAACCUUAUCAGCAAUGAUCAUUACACCGUUGAUAGAUAUUGCGAUGCAAUAUCAUAAAUAUGGAAAAAAUAAUAAAUAUCCAUUAAUCUACCCAAGUAAAUAUCCAUGGCAAACAUCGAUGAACGGAUGGCCAUAUAAAGUGACGUAUCUUUUUGAAUCACUGGCAACAAUGUCUUUAUUUUGUAUAACAUCAAGUGUCGACUCACUAUUUUUGUUUUAUAUUUUCCAAAUAAUUGGGCAACUAAGGGAAAUGUCGUACAGUAUCACAAAUACAAAUGGAUUUAAUGACGACAACGAAAAAGAUAUUGUUUUACGUAAAACGAUAUAUCAAUAUCAGACGUUAAUCAAGUGCCGUGAAAUAAUUGAAAAAAUAUAUGGACCUAUUAUUUUGUGGAUCAUGUGCACUAAUGCAGUUAUUAUGUGCGUUUUUAUUUUCCAAUUUAUGCAGAUGAAAAAUUUACCGAUUAUAAGAUUGAUGAUUAUAUUUACAUACGUUUUAUCCAAAGUACUACAAACAUUCAUAUAUGCCUGGAGUGGAACAUGUCUCACUGUAGAGAGUGAAGAUUAUAGAAAAGCUGUGUAUAACAUGAAUUGGUAUGGCAAUAAACGUAUUAUGACGUCAGUUAUAAUAAUGCUUGCGCAAAAACCUAUGAUUGUGACUGCCUGUAACUUCUCAACUGUUACUGUCGAUAUUUUUAUCAUGGUUCUUAAAACGACUGUAUCAUAUUUUUUUCUUCUUCAAACACUUGAAGAGAAGUGA